AUGCUUGUCGAUGGAAAUUCAGCAAAAAAAAUUUACGGAGGACAAACAGUUGGUAUUCAUAAACAUCCAUAUCAAGUAUCAAUACAAUAUAAAAAUCAUCACAUAUGCGGUGGUGUAAUUAUUUCCUAUGAACAUAUACUAACAGCUGAAAGUUGUAUUUCAGCUAAAAAAAAUGUAUUUUAUGGUAAUCUUCAAGUAUUGGUUGGAUCAAAUGAUCUUUUAAUUGGUGAAUCACCUUAUCAUUUUGAAAUUCAUCAAGUAGCAAAUAUAAUUUGUCAUGAAGAAUAUAAUCCACUUAAAAAUUGGAUCAAUGAUAUUGCUAUUCUUAAGGUGGAGUCACCAAUAGUUUUGGUUGAUGCAUUAAUUCAAACAGCAUCUAUUCCAGUACGUGGUAGAAUCUCAAGUAAAUAUUUUAUAACUGGUUGGGGAAUAAAUCCAGUAACUAAUAUCAUGACAAGAUAUCUUCAACGUCUUGAUGUCAAAGUAAUUACACCAAAAAGUUGCAGAGACAAAUAUCAUAACAAUGUUUUUUCAACACAAUACUGUUUAUUACCAGUUUUACCCAACACUGGAGUUACAUUAGGUAAUGGUGGCAGUCCUGUCAUGUCUUCAAGAACAGUUAUUGGAAUUAUCUCAAUUGCUUCUAUAGACAUUCAUAAACCUGUUAUUCAUACUCGAGUUUACGAGUAUGCCGAUUGGAUUAAACAAAUGAUAAGAAAAAUUUAA